AUGAUUUUCAUGAGCAAACUACAAAAAGGAAGACAUGUUCGUGCUGCCGUUCGUGUUGUUCUUUUCCUUAUUGUCUGGAAAAUAAAAGGUUCAACGUCAAAUUCUUCCGAAGUCAACGUGGAAUUGCCAACAACUAAUGUUGCUAUUCCAAUUCUAGAAAAUGUGGAUGUUCCAAUUCCGGAAAAUGUGGAUGUUUCAAUCUCUCAAACACAAUUUCAAAGAAUUGACCUUGAUUCUUUGGAUUAUGAUCCUGGAACACGCAAACAAAUAUGGGAAUAUCAUGUUAAUCAACGUGAUGAAAUUCGACUGGCUUACAUUAAAAAAGGUCUACACCAACCUCCUCUAGAGACAUUCAAAAAAAGUGGAAAGUGCAAUCAUAGCUUUCAAGCUUCUUGGUUUAGAAAUAAUUCAAAAUGGCUUGACUAUUCUCCUACAACAGAUGCAGCUUAUUGUCUACCCUGCUUUGUCUUUCAUAAUCCAAAUGUGGUUGUGGGACAAAAUACAUUCAUUGUUGGUGGAUUUAGAAAUUGGAAAAAAGUAGUUGAUCAUUUCACUACUGAACAAAUUGCAAAUAAUCGGUUGCAACUGAAGGCCACAAUUUUUAUUGUCCAAUAUCUUGCCUUUCAAGCUAUAGCUUUUAGAGGUCGAGAUAAAAGUUUUAGUUCAUUAAAUCGUGGGAACUUUCAUGAAUCAUUGGGUAUUGUGACUUUUUGGAAUGAGAAGGUUGCUGAAAUAAUAGAAAAAACUCCCAAAAAUGCAACCUACACAUCACCUAGGAUUCAAAAGGAAAUUCUACAUGUUUUCUUAGCCAAAGUGAAGAAGGCCAUUCGGGAAGAAAUUGGUGAUGCAAAGUUUUGCAUAAUGGUUGAUGAAGCUCGUGAUGAGUCCAUGAAAGAGCAAAUGGCUAUGGUUUUUAGAUAUGUUGAUACAGAAGGCUUUGUAGAAGAACGUUUUUUUGGGCUUAUUCAUGUUGUUGACACUGCGGCUUUGACUCUAAAGAAGGGGAUAUAUUCUUUGUUAUCUCAACAUUACUUAGAUAUACAAAAUAUUCGAGGGCAAGGAUAUGAUGGAGCAAGCAACAUGCGAGAUAUGUGGAAUGGAUUACAAGUUUUGAUUUUGAAUGAUUGUCCAUAUGCUUACUACAUCCAUUACUUUGCACAUCGCUUACAAUUGGCAUUAGUAAAAGCAUCAAAACAAGUUGUUCCCAUUUGUCAUUUUUUUCUUACAUUGCUUUUUCUGAUCAAAAUUGUUAAUGCUUCAUGCAAGCGCAAUGAGCAAUUGAAAGUUGCCAAUGCUAAUGAAAUAGCACGUUUGAUUGAUCUUGAAGAGCUUGAGAUUGAAAGUGGACUUAAUCAAAUUGGCACUUUACAACGACUUAUAGAAACACGUUGGAGUUCACAUUUUAGAUCAGUUUCUAGCUUAUUAAGGAUGUUUACUUCAACUGUUGAAGUUUUACAAAAUAUAAUUGAUGAUGCAAUUGAUGGAGAACAUCGGGCAGAAGGAGAGUCAACUUAUGAUGGUUUAACUUCAUUGGAAUUUGUCUUUAUCUUGCAUCUUGAGAAGGAAACUAUGGAGAUUACUGAUCAACUUUGUCAAGCUUUGCAAAGCCAAUCUCAAGACAUUUUAAAUGCCAUGCAUUUAGUUUCAUCUACUAAAGCACUUAUCUAA